GCAAUUUGGUCAAACUCUUUUCAUGACAAUUGUUUUGGCUAUCCGAAUGUCAAACAGAAAUACAGAAUUGCGCACUUCAUCAAAUCAAAGGGAUAUUUGGCAAUUGGGUCUGAUGUAUGAUGUAUCAUGAUGUUUUUAUUUGAAUUGAAAUUUGUUGCUCUGGUCCGGAUUUCUCUGUGUAUUUUAUAACUAUCUAAAUCUGGUCUGGGAAUGAAACCCGUCCAAGUAAAAACAUCCUUAGUUUGCAAUGCAAUACGCCAAUCCGACAAUGAAAGCUCCUGCGGCAAAUAUUCUUUUCUUCUCUUCAUUACUUCUCUCAAUGCUAUUAUUCUUUUCCCGCCCAGUUCAAGAAAACCAAAAAGAACAACAAAGCUUUCAAGUCCUUCAGAAAUUAAAUAGGUUCUUUAAUUUGAGGCCAGGGCACGAUAAAUCCAUUCAGCACUGCUACACAAUGGAUACCUCAGGUCAUAUAAAUUCACAUCAUAGUAUCAUACUAUUAGGAUCCCUUCAAGAACUUCAUAGCAGUUAACAAUGGCGCUUUCAGGACAUGCUAUGAUACUGCAUCCCCUACAGUCAAAAUCAAUGACUCACCGUCACCGUCUCCCACUAUUCCCAGUACUGGAAAUGUGCAGGACGGAGAUGAAAGGACAUCUUCCACAAGCAUUCACGGGAAAAGGGAUCAAGAAGAACAAACCUUUGCACUUAGUGGUUAGUAGGGCCGCCAUUGGCAGCAGCGGAGGUUCAGAUUCUUCAUUGCAGAUAAUCAAGGAGUUGUAUUCCAGCAUCAAUAAAAAGGACUUGAAGAGCCUUGGAGCGCUUUUAUCUCAAGAUUGUUUCGUCGAUGACUUCUCCUUCCCUCAGCCAUUCGAAGGGAAGAAGGAAGCUUUAUGCUUUUUUGAAGAGUUGAUCACAUCCAUGGGUCAGAACACAGAAUUCGUUAUAGAGCAUAUUUGUGGAGGUGUUGACCAAACAGCUGUGGUCAACUGGCAUUUAGAAUGGAAGAAGAAGCAGGUUCCCUUUACUAGAGGAUGCAGCUGCUAUGAAUUAUCAAAAGAAGGAGAACAACUAGUCAUCAAGAAAGCCCAAGUUAUCAUUGAAUCGCCAGUUAAACCAGGAGGCCUAGCAUUGACCGUGUUCAAAGGCAUAAAUUUGAUUUUUGAUGCAUUUCCUGGGGCUACAGAGAGGUUCCUAAAUAGCCCUUACGCAAUCUUCCAAAUCUUGUUAAACAUAUACAAGAUAGUUUUAGGACCUAUGAUACGCCCAGUUGUAUCAUGGUACCUCAGACUCAUGAGGCUUACAGCUGCUUUUCUGAGCCUCACAUUCAAAGUUGUGCAAUUAGCGGUAAAGAAUUUCAACAAGUAGUAGAAGAAACCACAAAAGUUUUCACCAACUCUUACAAUACUCAUCAUAUACAACAGUCUAUUUUAGAUUAUUAAUGUAAAGCAAGACUCAACCGAAAACUACUCAAGAUGCCUAAAAUAUAAGGUCACCUGCUGACCUGCCAUGAUCAUCAGUCCUCAUUUCCAUCCCUUUUAAAACAUGAUGGCAACAGUGAAAGAGCAACCAGAGGUCCGAUAAAUGGUGGAAUCGGUGGUGGCCUGCUAAAAGCAAUUAUGGGUUCAUGAUUUUCCUUCCCAAUUUGCCCUUCUCCUGCUCCUCCAUCAUUAUUUCCUUGUUUCCUCGGUGUGAUAGUUCCAAC